AUGCUUUUGGAAGUAGAAGAUUUUGUGCUGGCACGUUUCUGGAAAGGGCUGAGAUCCACUGUGGCCAAUCGGACCAUAGUGACUGAGUUCUUCCUCCAAGGCCUGACAGACACCAAAGAGCUUCAGGUGGCAGUUUUCCUGCUCCUGUUGCUUGCCUACCUUGUGACUGUCUCUGGAAACCUGGUUGUCAUCAGCCUGACCUUCCUGGACACCCGCCUGCAAACCCCAAUGUACUUCUUCCUCCAGAAUCUAUCCUGCCUAGAAAUUUGGUUCCAGACCGUCAUAGUGCCCAAGAUGUUGCUCAACAUUGCUACAGGGACCAAGACCAUCAGUUUUGCUGGCUGCAUCAUUCAGGACUUUUUCCACAUCUUCCUGGGGGCUACAGAAUUCCUUCUCCUCACAGCCAUGGCCUAUGACUGGUACAUUGCCAUCUGCCAGCCCCUCCGCUACCCCAUCCUCAUGAGCAACAGAGUCUGUGCACAGCUCAUCCUCACCUGCUGGCUGGAAGGAUUCUCCUUCAUCAUCAUGCCUGUCACCCUGACCAGUCAGCUUCUGUUCUGUGACAGCCACAUCAACCACUUCUUCUGUGACUAUACACCUCUAAUGGAGGUGGUGUGCAGUGGGCCACAGAUGCUGGAGACGGUGGACUUUACCCUGGCCGUGGUGGCUCUGGUCAGCACUCUGGUGCUGAUCACCAUAUCCUAUGUCCAGAUCAUCCGGACAAUUGUCAGGAUCCUGUCUGUCCAGGAGAGAAAGAAAGCUUUCUCUACCUGUUCCUCCCACAUCAUUGUGGUCACCAUGUGCUAUGGGAGCUGUUUCUUCAUGUAUGUCAAGCCCUCCCCAGGCAAGGGGGUUGAUUUCAACAAAGGAGUGUCUCUAAUCAAUACAAUUAUUGCCCCCCUCUUGAAUCCCUUCAUCUAUACUCUCAGGAACCAACAAGUUAAGCAAGUAGUGAAAGACCUGAUCGGGAAAAUGGCUUGGCUCCAAAAUAAAUGA